UCAUCGACGUCAACGGUCAACCGUCACACCGUCGUGAAUUCUGUAGCCCCCCACACACGUUACUUCUGUCCAGCCAAAAGUCCAGGAAUCAACUUAACAGCACCAUGAAAACUUCUUGCGCGGUAGCUUUGGCAUCGGUGGCAACAGCCUCCGGGUUCAUGGUGCCGGUCGCCACACCUGCGCGAUCGAGGACUUCGUUGGCGUCUGGCUCCUCCCAGUUCGAUGAGAUCCUUCAGACACCAGAGGCGCAGGAGCCGCCGCUGCCGAUCGAGCUCACGGGCCCCCAGUACGUGAAGACGCUGGCCGGCGCUAGCGCACCGUUCCCGUACUUCGACCCCCUCGCGAUCUCGUCCAAGUUCCGCGCGAUCGACGUGAAGAAGUUCCGCGAGAGCGAGAUCAAGCACGCGCGAGUGGCGAUGCUAGCCUUCUUGGGGAUGUUCGUGCAGGAGCUGACCCACCCCCUCUUCGAGAACGGCGGGAAGGACAUCGGCCCGGCCAUCGUCCACUUCCAGGCGGUCACAAACUACUUCCCGUUGAUGCCCGCGCUCUUGCUGGUCAUCGUCGGGAUCUUCGAGGGGAACAACAUAUACGUGGGGUGGGUGAAGCAGCCGUUGAAGCUGGGUGUGGCCGACCUGAAGGACGACUACGAGCCAGGAAGCUUCGGUUUCGACCCCCUCGGCCUCUACCCCAAGGAUGAAGCUGGCAAGAAGGCCAUGAUGACGAAGGAGCUCAACAACGGCCGCCUGGCCAUGCUCGCAACCAUCGGCGUUUGGGCGCAGGAGCUUGUCGACGGCAAGACUAUCCUUGGGCACUUUUCCGGCUGAAUUGUCGAUUUUAAUAGGACUCCGAUUGUGCGGUCUUCCUGGCUCGAUCCGCGGUGCUCAGUUGGAUAGAGUGCGAGGGCGGGGCUGGGAUGCGGAUAUUCCUUCAAGUUCUUGAAUAUCUGGCGAUGUCUCUAGAUAUCCAUAUCCAACGAAAACUCAAAUUGUCCAUAGCGCUCAUACAAAGCUCAUAAACUCGUUGCUGAUGCGUCGAUGUCGAUCCCGCCUCAAACAGUAGUUGAUCUUGACCAGACCUUCGCAUCACCUUGUGGUGCGCUGUGCCACAAGGUCUCCUGUAGCUAUGAAUGGGGUUUCGGUAGCAUGUCCAUGUCUGACCCCGUGUUAUGCCGACGCUGUUGUUGUUGUGUAUGCGGAGGGAGCGCGCUGCACAUGCGUAGCAAACGGUUGGCUACCCAGUAGAAGCAGCAGGAAGAUUGCUGGUCGGUGGGGUAUGACCUAGAGAUCGUCGUCUCCGAGGAAUCAAUCGUUCGAGAUAUUUUAUGUAGAACGCCUGAGCGCAGACAGAGGAACAGGGAAGGCAAGGGAAACGCUUUUAUCUUGUGUCUGCGGGAGUGUGCGCCGGAGCUGGCGGCCCCGUGGUUGACCAACAAUGCUUAGAAGCAUGGAGACUCGUUUUAAAGGUUGCUCUCAUGCUCUGUCGUUCUCGUGAAAUGGUUUGUGUUUCGGCGACGAGCGAUAGACUUCCCAAUCGAUGACCUGAUUUCCUCCUGGAAACAACUCAGACAAAUCUACCAUGUAUUUCCAACGUCCGUUUACUUGCUCGCAUCGGUUGACAAGAACGAGAAAACACCGGAGAUGUUCUAUGAUGAGCCAACCUGAGGUUGCGUGGCGUGGACGUGGUAGGUUUAGGGUGACCACAGAGCAAACCGCAACGCAGAUGAUC